AACUUCCAUCGCCAACUCAUAUUUGUGAAACAUCUCCCCCCCAAGCGAUCCUCCGCAUACGUUACCGAGCAAUCGAACAUUCUCACAUUUGCCAAACGAAAUGAGGCUAGACCUCGCAGUCGUCGCGCUGACGCUAUGCGUGCCCACGUGGGCCGUGGCCGUCGACACUGGGCUCCACGGAUCAGACGUUGCUUUCCUUGCCCCCAAAGCUGAGCGCGACAACUCCCAGCAGGAUGAAAAGCUGUGGAAGCGCAAAGGCGGUGGAGGAGGUGGCGGUCGCGGAGGAGGUACAUCAGGUGGGUCUCGCUCAGGCGGCAGUAAAUCUGGGGGUUCCUCUGGGGGUUCCUCUGGGGGCUCCAGCACCGGCUCCGGCUCCGGCUCAAGCUCACGAAAUGGUGGUCCAGGUUCCGGAGGUUCGAGAGGCACUGGUAGCGGCGGUUCUAGUUCGAGAGGUCGUCCCGGCGACAACGCCGGCGGAAGUACAAGGUCGGGCAGUGGGCCACCGCCGGCUUACGGUGGUGGCAGAUAUGGAGGUGGCGCGGCAGUCCCCUACAGGGCUGGUGCGGCGAGAGGCAGCAUCGUGCCCUUCGCCUUGGUAGGCGGUGCUUUGGCUUUCUGGCCGGGCCUCUGGCUUGCCGGCGCAUACAUGUAUCCGUACAGCCACCCUUACCGCUACUACAACGAGACCGCGCGCGAGAACCAGACAAAAGCCGUUCUGUGCGGUUGCGCCGAAGACCUGCCCUGCAGUUGCGAAGAGAACAACGCCACCGAUUACAUGAACUCGUUGCUCGGCAACGGAAGCUACGACGGCCUAAACAAGUCGGUUGUUAACAUCGGCGAGGUUAACGGCACCGAGACUAUCCUCAUUAAUGGCACCCUGCCUAGCGGCACGACCGCGUCCGGCGGAACCGACGAGGUUGGUUCCGCUGCCUUCCGGACCGCCGUGGAGGCCCUUGGCUUCUGGCCUGUUGCUGCGGUUGUGCUGGCGACGGUGUUUGCCGCGUAACCCCUUCACUUGUGAAAAUGCUUAUGAUGAUGGGGCUGGUGUACAUUACAACGAUCGGAACGUACAUAUGGAUCGGCAAUGCUACUUUCUCACCUUUUUUUUUUUGGUUAUGAGCAAUGAUACCCCACUGAAGCUCACUCACUCACUGUGGGUCGUGCUCUGGGAUAACGCAGGAAUUGUCACUCUCA